AUGCUCCGCAAUAAGACACAUAAGGAAUUGAUUCAUUUGUCACGUCAAUUGGUACAGCCGCUUUUACCAAAUUUUCAUAAAGGUCAAGCUGGUAAAGUAUGUGUUAUUGGUGGCAGUGAAGAUUAUACUGGAGCACCGUUUUUCUCUGCUCAUUCGGCGGCAUUAGUUGGCGCAGACUUAUCACACGUUAUCUGUGAGAAACAGGCAGCUUUAGUGAUAAAAUCCUACACCCCCGAUCUUAUGGUUCAUCCCUAUUUGCUAGACUUGGAAAAUCCCUUGGUGAAAAUUGGAGACGAUGAAUUAAAGAAUAUAAGAAAACUAUCAAUUGAAGAUAUUCUAAAUUCAACAAAUGAUGGUGUAUUGAACAGGAUCAUCGACGAUUUGGUUUUGCCAAAAGUUCAAACCUUACUCGAUAAAACUGAUAUUAUAGUUGUUGGUCCCGGUUUCGGAAGAGACCCAUUAAUGUUGAAAACUUUAGUACGCAUUGUUGAAGAGGUCAAAGUGUUGAAUAAGCCAAUCAUAUUUGAUGCUGAUUCGCUCUACCUCCUUUCUAUACAACCUCAGUUGAUCACCAAUUACUCAAAGGCAAUAUUAACCCCAAAUGUUGUUGAGUUUCAAAGAAUAGCUAAAAAGUUUGACAUUUCAAUAGACUUGAAAAACCGAUAUUCUCAAGAUAGUCUAAUUGAGCAAACUCAACAAGUUUCACAGAGAUUGGGGAAUGUGUUAAUUUUUAGAAAGGGAGAAAGUGAUAUAAUUGCAAAUACAAAACUGGUGGUUGUUAACAGCUUUCCAGGUUCGCCGAAGCGGGUGGGAGGUCAGGGCGAUACACUAACCGGUGCUAUUGCAACCUUGGUCAAUUGGUCAAAUAAUUACCUAGAUGCCAUGUGGGAUAAUAAAGUUGAAAUCGAAAUUGAUGAUGCUCAUAUUUUGGCAUGUUAUGCGGCUAGUUCAUUAGUUCGAGUCGCUAGUGGCAAAGCAUUUAAAAAGCAUGGCAGAGCAAUGCAAACGUCAAAUGUUCAUGAGUAUAUUCAUGAUGCAUAUUUAGAGUUGUUCGAUGAUAGUACAUCUAGGUUAUAA